GAAGAGAGAGACAGUCUCACACAGGAGGAGGAGGAGGAUGCGAGGCAGCAGCCAGGAGCCGCCGAGCUCCAAGGAGAGCGAUGCAGACAGAAGCCCCAAGCCCAGCAUGAAGGUGAGGAGGGCGGAAGAGGAGCUGCUGGCUUCCUCGGUCAUCACGGUGGAGGACGUGCUGGGCUUGGACAACAUCACCCACAACUACCUCUGCGGCCCCGAGCACAACAUCUACAACAUCGACUUUACCAGGUUCAAGAUCCGAGACAUGGAGACCGGCACGGUGCUGUUUGAGAUCACCAAGCCGCCCUCUACAGAUAAAAGCGGUGAGAAGAAAGACGUGGAUCCAAACGCGGGCCGCUUUGUGCGGUACCACUUCACCCCAGCCUUCCUGCGACUGCGGCAGGUCGGCGCAACCGUGGAGUUCACCGUAGGCGAGGAGCCCAUCCAACACUUCCGCAUGAUCGAGCGCCACUACUUUAGAGAGAAGCUGCUCAAGAGCUUUGACUUUGAGUUUGGCUUCUGCAUGCCCGGCAGCAAGAACACCUGCGAGCACAUUUACAACUUCCCACCUCUUUCUGAUGACGUCAUCCAGGACAUGAUCCUGCAUCCAUAUGAGACCCAAUCAGACAGCUUCUACUUUGUGGACAAUAAGCUGGUGAUGCACAACAAGGCUGACUACUCCUACAAUGGAGGCACGUAGGCCAGGAGGAGGCAGGACAUUGUCUCCCUCCUCUCAUGUGUGGCUGAGAUGGUUCUGAUCAACGAGGACCAACCAGGAAGUAGACAGUGAGAGUGUGUAAAAAGCUAUGACGAUGAUGAUUACGAAUGAUACUUCCUGGUCUUUCAUUUUCAUCAACGGUGUGUGUGUGUGUGUGUGUGUGUGUGUGUGUGUGUGUGUACGUGUGUGCCUCAUGUCACUUUGUACUGAAAUAAAAUAAGUCAUAAAAGAUUUAUAAUCGUCUAAUAAAACUUUUAUGUCAAAAGAAAAAAUGUCAAUGAAAAUGUUUAUUUGUCACAUGAACAUGUGUCUAAAGACAGAGGCACUGUGCAAUAGAAAACUAACUACUAACUUAAACGUACUUUAUGAAUAAAGUUAUUUUGUGAAUGAUGAAAGCAGCAAAAAUAAAGAUUGAA